AUGUCUAUUCAAGAAUCUCAUACAGACUUGGAAGUAGAUACAGUUACAGCUACCACCAGUACUAACAAUGAUAUCCCAACACCCAUACACGCGACAGCUUUAAAAUCACAACAACAAGACAAACCAAAGAACCAACAAUCACCUGAAAGCAUAUCCCAAGAUUCACUAAAAGAAAUAUCUUCUAUUGAUAUCAAUAAUCAUACCGCUGAGUCUAGAAACACACCUGAGUUAACAAAUCAAAAGCAGUCUAAUGAAUUGCCAGAUCCAGAGCUCAGGAUUGUUACUAAGCCAAUACAGACUCUAGAAAAUCAAAACAUUAUCAGCCUACAACCAAAACCGCAAGAACAACAUCUAGACAGCCCGAGUUCUUUACCUAAUUCAUUACGAAAAUCUGAAAGCAAUUCUAAAACACAAAAAGAGCUGGACUCUUUACAACCUCCAGAGUCCAAGCAAGAAAACAUCGAGCUCGAGACAAACACUGACGCAGAAGCUAAACAGAUACAACAAGAUGAUGCAAAUCAGGAUAAUUCACAGACGAGUUCUUUUGGAGAAAAUGAUCUACCAGCUGGGAAAGAACAAAAUGGCACUUACAAUACUGAAGGAGCCACAAAAUCCCCUAGCGAAGAACUAAAACAAACACUUCCAGAAUCCAUUCGAUACUCCAGACUAGUUCAAAUAACUGAGCUUUCAGUUACUGAAACAAUCAAGCGCUUGAAUUAUAAAGAACUUGCAACAUGCUAUCCCACUAUUGCCAGUACUACUAGUGGCGAAUAUGCUCUGCAACAAGCUCUCACGCAGAUUCAAAACUUUUUUGAAAACGCGGCACUUAGAGAGUUUGAAACUAUUUACGAAGAGCGCAACAUUGCAUACCUGUUUCAUGAGCUAGAAAUUCUAAUAAAAGAAGCCUACGAAAGAAAAGACAAGUCUGAAAAACUACUAAAAGAAGCUCAAGAAAAGGGCAUUAAAGAUCCACCAAAGCUCACAGGCCCUGAUGCCCCAUUAUUUUUACAAUCUCUGGCUCCUGAAACAAUUGUUUCAGCACACAUUGUUCCUUACCAACAAUCCAAAAUUGCUGAACUAAAAGAACAACUAUCCAAUUUAAGAAGAUCAAAUCAACAAGCAUUAAAUACUCUCAACAGCUCAAACGACAAGGCUCAAACCAUCCUCUCAAAUAUUCAAGACAUGGCAAAAGAUCUUGCUACCAAAACAAAGCCAAUAUCUGCCGCAAAGUUACCCUCCAAUAAAGAAAUUGCAAAAGCUGUAAAUUCCCUACCGUUUGACAAUGAUUUAUUGCUAUGA